AUGCGCUACACGGAAGAAAGAAAGGAGCAAAUGGGAGUCAAUAAAGACAGGUUCCUAUGGGAAGAUGAAGAGAAACUUGUCCACUACCUCAUUAAAGUGCAUGAGGAAGCUUUCGCCUGGACAGAAGAGGAAAAGGGAAAGUUCUUGGAGGAGCAUGUACUAUGGGUCCUUGGAAAUAUUCCUAUUCCACCUGGGAUCUAUGAGCAAGUUAUUGAGGUUAUCAAGAAUAAGAUCAAGUCUGGAGUGUAUGAGCCAUCAAAUUCUUCCUACUGCUCACAAUGGUUCUGUGUUGUCAAGAAGGAUGGAAAAUCACUGCAAAUAGUGCAUGACCUUCAGCCCUUAAACACUAUUGCGAUCAAAGACAGUGGUCUCCCUCCAGUAGUUGAGACAUAUGCCAAAGCUUUUGGAGGUCAAGUGUGCUAUGGUCAAUACACCUUGAAGUUCCGUGACACUGUCGAGGAUCUUCCUGGUGAUCUCGAGGUGUUGACCACUUCCAUUGCGAAGGCCACAGAUUGGGUUCUGUGGGCAGCGCAUCACGAUCUGCUCACCAUUGAUGGGGGCAAUGCUUUCGCAGCCCAGAUGACGUCCUUUGUGAACCCCAUCAUGGCCACUGACUUUAGCAGGAUUCGCGCACCAGGCAACCUCAACAACUUCUCACUCGCCUCCCUUCUCAAGGCUGAGACAUCCUCCAAGGAUGAGCCAACAUCCCGUCUGGCUCCUGCAUUGGACAACCUUGGUCGCCCGGCCUCCCCCUCUUGCAUCCCUGCUUCCAAGAAGCGUAAGGGUUUCAAUUGUCCAGUGCCGCCUCCUCCUCAAAAGAAGAGCAAGGUUGCCUACUCCUGCCCUGGUCCACCUCUGCCAAUCAAUCGCCCCACCAAACCCAAGCCCCAAACAACGUGGGCAGGGAUUGCUCAUCAGGCCGCCAUGAUGCCUCCUCCACCUCCUGGCUUGGGAUUGCAGCAUGGUGGACCUACUCCUCCACCAUCAUUCCUGACUGGUCUGAUGAAGACUUUGAUUCAUUGCUCCAUCCCCUCCUUCACUUCCAAGGGUCCUACCCAGAAGCAAAUCCUCGUGUUGUUCAGUGGUACCCCACCCGACCUCACAAAGUUCUUUACUGAGUCAGCUGUGCAAGCAGUCAACAGGUACCUCAGGGAUGGCCACUCAAUGUUGAAGGUCACCUCUAUCGGUUGCGCUUACGACAGCAUGUCAUUGACCACCCCUGCUGUUGCCAGCCCGUCCGACUUGGACAUUGUUUGCAACUUUGUUCACAACAGCCUCCCAAUGGGUACCCCAUUCACAGCUGCGCUCCCAUCAUCGACAUCUUUGAUUAAGAUACUUGAUGUACCCUACUUCAAUCUGAAGAACAGAGAGAAGAUUACCCAGGAGGUGCUCGAGAAAGCCCUCUGA